CAAAUAAAUACGAUGCAUGAAUACAUGAAUAUGUUGGACACUCUUGGCGACUAUUCGAGAAAUUUAAAGUUCGUUUCUAUUUCAACUUGAUUUUUGUAAAAAUGUUGAAAUCAUUUAUAAUGCGCAAAUUGAUAAUAUAUUAAAUAAGAACAAGAAGCUUUCGGUAUUAGUGAUACGAUCGCUGAAGAGGCCCGUUUACGAUGACCAAUUUCAACAGCUCCAGUGGCGCAAUUGGUUAGCGCACGAAAAACACAUAUUAAGCAGAAUAUAAAGUGCGCAAUAUCAGAGAUGUCAACUUAGAAAUCUGCAAAUGGAUAUGCGACUGUAUGCGAGUCACAGAGAGACCUUCUGACCUAAAUUGAUCGAGAUAUAAUGAACAGCGUGAGAGUGACGACGACAGAUCUUGCCGUUAUCAUUAUUAAUGGCAGUCGCGUUAAAAUCGAGGAUGAUGUUUUAUGCUAAGUACCUGAUCGUCAACCAAAUCACGAAAUACGGUACCUAUUAAAUCGUCUGGUGGUCGAUGUUCACCGAUGUUUGUUCGCUGGACGAAAAAACAAUGACCACCGGGAUCCGGUUUUGUGAAGGUGUGCGCUUUAAAAGCGCUUUAAAAGCCCACCUACGGCUUCGCCGAUCAUCAGUCGCACCCUGUUAUUCAAUAUAUCGGUGGCUCCUCUUCAUCAGCAUGAUAUCCUCAGAAAACCUCGCGUACGGAUUUGAAUCUCGAGACGCGAUCUUUGUGAAUUUCCAUCGCAGACACAACAUUUCGAAGGUAGCGAUACUUCACGACAACAAUUAUUUACCUCCGACUUCGAUUCCGGAUUUCUCCCUGCCGGAAGUGAUCGAUAACAGAGCUCGGAACGUAGCGGUCGCGGUAACGGACGAGACCAGAAACUAUCCCAACGCGUUGUAUCAUCUUCCUGAACGGGAUUCCUUGCGAAUCCCCACGCGCAAGGAUCCGUACGACACGAGGUAUCCGGGGAGCGACGGGUUGCGAAUACCUCUGCAUCAUCGUCGACCUACUUUCCAACAAGGCAAACACCCUCAACGGACAACCACAACGCAGACUCCUCCUCCUUCUCCUCCUUUCGGUGAAACAUCACCAUCCUUCGUAAACCGCGUUAGCGUUGAGGAGAUGUCCUGUCAGAACACGAGAGACGAAUUGUUCUUCAGAGCAUCUAUCAAAGUGAAGAAUUCAGUUCCACCGGUGAUAGAUAACGUGACGGGUGAUGUUUGUCGGGCAAUAGCAGUCAAGGACUCUUAUCGCAUUAGUUUUGAGAAAGACCAAGUCUGGAAUUGCGGGGUUGUUGAUUGUUCUACGGAUGACAACCAAUCAUAUUGCCUCGAUCUAAGAUUCCCCGUGAUCUCCGGUCUACGACUGAAGGACGACCAUAGGGUGACGUUGCGAUGUAAGACCCAGAACAGAAUCGCAUAUCAUACGAGGCAGAUCAGCGUGAAGACUUUAGAAGCGAAAGCGAGGAACAUACCAGGCGUGCUAAACGGUGGUGCUGAAAAUGCUCUGAAUAUUGACGUUGGACUAUUCAGGAAGACUUACGACUCAAAAAACAUUUUCGACACGAAAAUACAAUCGGGCGGCACGGUCGUCUUAGGCGAAGAGAUUUUGUUACGCGUAUUAGUCAACGGCAACGACAGCUGGCGACACUCAAAAAUCGGCCAAGUAACAAUGCAUUACGUAGAGGAGCGACAGCGGCAGAAAAUCGUUAAUAGUCUGUUGAUCCUCGACAAGGAUGGUUGCUUAAAUCCGGAGGUGCAUGAGAUUUGUCCUCGCGAACAAUAUGCGAUGUCACCGUUGGAGAGCUACCUAAUUUUCCAGGCGUUCAUGUUUGAGGGCAUGAAAGAGACCGAUGAGAUUUUCCUCACUAUAAAGGCCAUGGCAUGCGUAGAAUCUGUGGACUGUGUUCUGGAUUGUCCCGGCAGUCACAUUAGACGUGCCAGAAGUGUCUUGGAUCGAAACAAUACUGUCGAGUGGCAGGAUGACAUUGUUCUGCGAGUGAUUCUUCCAAAAUAUGAAACACGCGCUUUACAGAAUUAUUAUUUAGCAAUCCUGUUAUCAGCAACUGCAUUACUCGUAUUAAUCGCAUUGUUAUGGAUCAUCAGAACGUCGCUUCGUCGAAGUAUAGCAAAAUCCUAAAUAAUCUUAAAUGCUUAA